AUGAAGAUUGUAGUUCUGCUGCUCUCUCUUCUGGGAUUGACAUUCUCCUUACCAGUCAAACCACUUGGUAGACGCCUUGCUACAAGCAACAGUAGAGAAAUAUUACAACUGAUGCAAAGAUACAGAGCCAUGGGGAACAUUCCACAGCGGACAGAGCAAAAGCCAAAUCCUGGGGUCGGGCUGCCUCCAGCAAAACUGGUUCCAGAUCAGACGCCAUUAGCAAAUCAGUUGCCAAAUGAGGUAACACCACUUGAAUGGCCAUUUGCGAAUUUCCCAGUGCUUUCCCCACAAUUCCCAUCAGAGCUGGGAACUCCAAAUGUACAAAAUGUUCCUGCCUUCAACCUGCCACUAACUCAGAUGUUUCCAAUAGAUAUAAAUUAUCUUGCUGCACUCUUAGGAGCAUUAUACUCAACACAGAUGUUGCCCGUAGCAGGUGGUGGAAUGACUGUACCACAGCAGCUGCUGCCACCACAAUCGAUGCUUCCAGUUCUGUUUGCACAAAUGAGUCCACAGGGUGCUGUGCUCAGUUCUGAAGAAAUGACACCAUCGCAGGUCUUUGCUGGGGUCCUUGUCCCUGGAAUGCAGGCCGGAUUCUUCCCUUCAGGCCAGUCUGAAGCCCUGCCAGAAGGCCAGGAAGGGCCUCUUCCAGCAGGCCAAGCUGAAUCCAACCAGGGCAACCUUCCCUUCCCAGAGGGCACAGCGGCAGGCAUCCAGAAGGUUGUGCCAACCAUGAGCAAUGGCAUGAACGAGGCUGCCAGUGACUCCUAUCACACUCCAUCUGGCUUCAGGCAGCCGGGUCUCGUGACAGUUGGUGUGGUUGCAGAGCCGACAGCCAGCGUGAAUAUGGAGCCAAGUGAACUCCGGGAGCCACCGACUUCUCUUCUAAAUCUUGAGAAGGCCAUUACUAAGAAGCAACGCAAUCCAUCUCCAUCACUGGUGAGAGGGGACAGCCAUGCACCGAUAAACCCUGUGGAGGUUAAGCCCCUGAAAGCGCCGUAA